AUGGACAUUGUCCAUCCGUCUUACGCGGCGGUAGAUGACUUCCCCGGAGAAGCAGCAUGGAUCAAACAGAUUGUAGAAGAACACAGCGUGUGUCUGCCCAUGGCCAAAGUCAAAAUCAGUGGACCAUUCGGGGAGCUAGUGACGGAGGCUGCAGUUUCCAAAUUUUCGUCACUGCAGUACCCGUACAUUUUUUCGAAUCGUUCAAAUCGGUUACUGCGUGAAAAAAAGCUUAAACUGGGAGAGGGCAUAGAACAGGCAUUGACCCGAUACCAAGCUCGUAAAAUCGCGUCGCUUUCGGCUGAAAAUGCACAAGCUGCUCCAGCGGAAGCAGAAAAAGGGAUAACUUCAAUACCUGGAUCCGAGCUAGGCCCGAGGGACAAAAAAACAGUUGAGGAGAGCUUGCCAGCUGACCAGCUCAAUCAGAGCGUAGCACUAGAGUGUCAAAGUUCAAGCCUGCAGGAAGAGCAAGCUGACGCAAUCGCAAGUGAGACAGGGUCGUUAUUAUCACCGGCCUCAAAGAACUUUGAUGAGCUCUUACGUGUGGACAGAGAGUCACUGAAGGCCGAGCAAAACAAUGAUGACAGCUUAACUAAAUUACAUCACACAGCUAAAGAAGGCAUUGCUAGGCGCAACGUGACGAUACAUGAGAGAGGAGGAUUGUUGUAUCGGCACUACAGAGAUCGAAAGGGUAGGAUUUUAGAUCAGUUAGUCGUACCUACUAAGUACAGGGAGGACCUUUUCAGUCUCUGUCAUGGAAAUGGGUGGUCCGGCCAUCUAGGCAUAAACAAAUCAAAGGAAAGAUUGCUUAUGGAAUACUACUGGCCUGGCUGUUUAAAAGACGUAGAAAAAUUUGUAAGAUCAUGCGACGCCUGCCAACGUUCUGGUAAACCAGGAGAGACAUGGAAAGCCCCCACUAAAGACGUGUACUCAUCGCUGGUAGAGGCACCAGAACCCGAAUCCAUGCUCGCGAUUGCGGCGGCGGCGCGCCUCGAAUGA